UGUCACCAUUACUUCAUGCUUAUUGGGCCAAGACCGAGAGAGGCAGAGGCAAAGCAAAGGCAAACAACGGGAGAGAGAGAGAGCAAGUGAGUUACCUCCGCGCUCUGCUCCAUCGAUCUGCAGAGGCGCACAGAGGAGCUUCUAGCGGACGUUGGAUUCACAGUUUGGAACAUGCUACUGGGCAAUUUGGUAGUGGUUGUGUUCUGUCUGUGGAAUACUGAUGUCAUCAGAGCUUAUGUUUUUCAAGCCAGUGGACAGACAGAGGGAGGAGACAACCCACCAACUCAUACUAAACCCGUCUCGGAGUGGGUCAGCUCAGCGGGCUCUUGCAAGGGGAGGUGCUUUGAGUUGGAGGAGGCUAAACCUCCAGGAUGCAGGUGUGACAAUCUGUGUAAAACCUACUACAGCUGCUGCUCUGACUUUGACGAGCACUGCUUGAAAACAGCGGGAGGUUUUGAAUGCACGCAGGAUCGCUGUGGGGAGGAGAGGAAUGACGACCACGCUUGCCACUGCUCAGAGGACUGUCUGGAGAGAGGAGACUGCUGCUCCAACUACAAGUCACUCUGCAAAGAUGAGACUUCAUGGGUGCAAGAAGACUGUGAGGAGAUCAAGAGCGCUGACUGCCCUAAAGGCUUCAUUCGUCCUCCCCUCAUCAUGCUGUCUGUCGACGGGUUCAGAGCCUCCUACCUGAAGAAGGGCAAAUCUGUCAUCCCCAACAUACACAAACUCAGUACAUGUGGUACUUCAGCGCCCUACAUGCGACCAGUCUACCCAUCAAAGACAUUCCCAAAUUUAUACACCCUAGCCACAGGUCUGUAUCCAGAGUCCCAUGGCAUUGUGGGGAACACCAUGCACGACCCGGUGUUUAAUGCCACCUUCAGCCUGCGUACUAGAGAGAAACUGAACCACCGCUGGUGGGGCGGACAACCUAUCUGGAUCACAGCAGAGGAACAAGGAGUGAAAGCAGGCACAUUCUUCUGGCCUUGGGUGAUUCCCCUGGAGAGGAGGAUAUUGACCAUCCUGCGCUGGCUGCAUCUGCCUGAUGAUGAGAGGCCGUACGUUUACGCUGUGCACUCAGAGCAGCCCGAUACCUUUGGACAUCGACUGGGACCGCUCAGCAGUGAGCUGGAUAACCCUCUGAGGGAGAUUGAUAACAUCAUUGGUCAGCUGAUGAACGGCCUGAAGCAGAUGAACCUGCAUCGCUGCAUCAACGUCAUCAUCGUUGGAGACCAUGGUAUGGAGGAGGCCCACUGUGAUCGCACAGAGUUUCUCAGCAGCUACCCGCUCAACAUAGAGGAGAUCACGCUGAUCCCCGGCUCACUGGGCAGAAUACGACCCCGUGACCCCAAAUCCUCCACAUAUGACCCAAAGGUUGUGGUUGCAAACCUCACUUGUAAAAUGCCAACUCAGCACUUCAAGCCAUACCUGAAGCAGAACUUACCAAAGAGGCUUCACUACGCCAACAACCGCAGGAUCGAGGACGUCCACCUGCUGAUGGAGAGGAAGUGGCACAUCGCCAGGAAAAUGCCAGAAAAAUUGAGGACUCGGUGUGGCUUCUUUGGUGACCAUGGCUUUGACAACAAGAUAACCAGCAUGAGGACAAUUUUCAUGGGUCAUGGACCAAGCUUCAAGUUCCAGAAAAGAGUGCCAGAGUUUGAAAAUAUAGAAUUAUACAACGUCAUGUGUGACUUGUUAGGGUUGAAGCCGGCCCCUAACAACGGGACACACGGCAGCUUGAACGAUAUGCUAAAAGACCCGCCGUACCACCCCAGCAUGCCAGAGGAAGUGACACCACCGUCGCCAGCGUCCGACUCUGAUGACACUGGGACGCAAGACUUGGGCUGCAGCUGCGAUGAUGAGAACAAAGUGGAGGAGAUCAUUGAAGCCUUCAGUCCUGCACAAGAUGGAAUCUACACCUACAACAGUACCCACCUCCCGUUCGGUCGCCCAGCGGUGAUGUUUGACACUCAGUACAGUUUGCUUCAUCAUGUGGAGUUCAUCAGUGGGUACAGCAAAGAGCUGGCCAUGCCUCUGUGGACAGCAUACACACUGCAACGACAGGAUGACACGACUCCAGUUCCAGAGGUUUCCCCCGGCGUUCAGUGUAUCCGAGUCGACUCCAGAGUGUCAGCUGAUCACAGUCAGAGCUGCACCACCUACAGCCAGAGCAACCACCUCACCUACGGCUUCCUCUUCCCCCCAGAGUUGGCAUCAUCUCCAGAGUCCAGAUAUGACGCUUCGCUCAUCACCAACACCGUCCCCAUGUACCCUGCCUUCAAGAGAAUGUGGACUUACCUGCAGGGGACGCUGCUGAGGCGUUAUGCAGAGGAAAACAAUGGCAUCAACGUUCUCGCUGGACCCAUCUUCGACUACAACUACGACGGCCUCCGAGACACCACAGACAAGAUAAAAGAAUUCUCAGCCGAGGCCCCGUCCGUCCCCACCCACUUCUACACAGUGGUGACGAGCUGCCAGGAGAUGAACCAGACUGUGGAGGAGUGUGACGGGGCACUCGGGGUCUUUUCCUUCUUACUUCCACACAGACCAGACAACAGUGAGGCCUGCAAUAAUGCUGAGGAUGAGUCGCAAUGGGUUGAAGACCUACUGAAGCUCCAUACAGCCCGAGUCCGAGAUGUCGAGAUCCUGACGGGCCUGGACCUCUACCGGUCUACCAACCUCACUUAUACCAGCACCCUGAGCCUCAAAACCUACCUGCACACCUUCGAGAGUGACGACUAGACGCGCAGAGAGACAGACGCACACAUACAGGAUGUAGCCCUUUGUAGAAGUUCUGCAUUUUCACUGCAUGCUCGCUGGACAACCGGCACAUCGCUGUUCCACUCCUGAGGAACUGCCCCGAGAAGUGCCUGGAAAAGGGAACACAUUUUUGAAAAUUGAAAAGAUUAAAAGAAUGGUUUGGCAAGUAGUAGUUUGGAAGAUUAUAAACAGAAUAUUCAAUACUAUCCACCAAAUCACAGGAAUGAUGCAGGGUGCGGGACUUUCUCGACAGCUGCCACAACACAUUUCAUAAAUGCAGUGUAUACAGUACAUCUUCAUGCACACAUAAAGGACUGUUGUUGUUUUAGCUCCUUAACUAUAAUUAAUGUAUACGUUGUAUUCCUACUGACCAUCCAUUGCAUGCUGUAGAAUUUAAACAUUUUUGCCUUUUCUUACUUAUAAAAAUCAGUUGGUAGACUCUUGAAACUUGCAUGACUUAUAUCAGCUGAUCCCAGUCUCUGUUAUGUUUUGUCAGAGUUAUAAUAUCAUUGUGGGGCAACACAGUGAGGACUUCUCAUAGUAAACUUAUAUAAGUAAACUUUUAUAUUAAAUUUUCAUGCUGUAAUUUUGAAAAUUGUAAGUCUACAGCAUGGUUGGCAAAACAGUCAGCAGCAAUGUAAAGUAUGCAGUUAAUGGUCUAAAUCAGGGGUUUUAAAAGUGUUCAGCGGGCCUCACUAGGGGGGCUCCAAACUGUUUCAGGGGAGGCUCAGUGAAUGGAAGAAAAACAAUAUUACAUUACUUACUGCAUUAAAUCCAAAAUGAGAUUACAUAGAAGAGCCUACAUGUGUUAGAGUUCAGAGAUACUGUAGUUUUUGGCAACUGUUUUCCCCCCCAUCAGCUUCAGAAACUAAAAGAUGCCCCAGGAAAGAGCUUUUAAAAAAAUAUUUGGUGUAGUCAGAAGUUAUGUCAAACAGCAAUAUUAGGCUAUUUUGGCUCAAAUGUUGAGUGUCUAUGGGAUCAAAUAAUAUUAUCAUGGUCCCAAAGGCACUGAGGAAUUGAACGAAACUAACCAAGUAAACUAAAGAUGUCGUGGAAGGGGUGCUGUUUCACAAGCUUUGUCUGGGGGGAGGCCUGCAGUCUCAGACCUUGAAAACCCCUGGUCUAAAUCAAGCAACAUUGCUGGUAUGGUUCUAUAAAGCUUAUGAUACACGGGGCAACUUUUAAAGUAAUGUUGCUGGGCAGUCUUUACUCAUUACUACCAUUGAUGGCAACAUUGCUCAGCACUGUUGCUCUAAAAGUUGCUCCGUGUAUCAUCAGCUUAAAAGAAUAGUUUGACAUUUUGGGAAGAACACUUCUCUUUCUUGCUGAGAGUUAGAUGAGAAGAUUGAUACCACUGGCAUGUCGGGCUGGCUGGUUAGCUUAGCUUAGCUUAGCAUAAAGACUGUAAACAGGGUGAAACAGCUAGCUUGGCCCUCUGUCGAGCCUGCCAGCACCACUAAAGCUCACUAACUAAGAUCAUCUCAUUUCAUAUAUAUCUCAUUUGUUUACCCAUUUCCCAAAAUGCCGAACUAGUUCUUUAUAAUAAAUAUACAUAUUAUGUUGCAGAUGCUCAAAUGAAGAAACAGGGUCAUAAACUGUUCAGGGGCCUUCACAAAUUCCCAAAGUAUGUGGCAUUAAACAAAAUAGAGAACAACCUGAACUUUGCUUUUCCACUUGGUUUACCUCCUGGAUAUACUUCUCAUGAUUACUAAGAAUGGUUUCCACACAAAUAUAUGACUAUAGCCCUUUCUGAGUAAUUGGAUAAAAUGUCUGUAUGUCAGACAGAGAGGAAAAUACUGUCAAACACAAACCACUGUGCCAGCAAAUAAACAUCAGUGAACAAUAUCGUUAAAGGAAAGCAACAACAAGUGGUGGCCUGGAACAGCUAAACUUAAUGUUCUUACUGCUUGCUGUUAGCGUCUUUGCUAACGUUUCAUUUAAAUUUCAUUAAAUUUCCCCUGAAAAGGACAGAAGUGACAAAAACAACAAGAAGAAAUAGGAGGUAAUUUCUAACCCGGUGCACAUGUGAACACAUCCACGCCCAGAAAAAUAACAAACACCAACUGCAACAAUUUUCUCUCUGUUUUCUCAUCCUCCCACCUCUCAUCUCUCUUUCUCUCUCUCUGUCUCAGCUGAUCAUCUCGGUGUAUAUUUUUAUACAAUUUGUCAUAUUUAUUACGCAGCAUCAUAAUAACAACAGCACCUAGUGUUAGAAUAUUAAUCCAGUGCAGAAGAUUUGUCCCCAUUUAUUUUAAUAAGAUACAAGUAAACCUCUGAUGCAGUGCUUUCCCCCCCAAAGAUGUAAAGAGACUGACACUGAUUUGUAUUUUCAUACCUUUAGUAUGAUAACAUUUUACUUAACAGUCAGUAAGGCUGGUUUGAAACGUCCAGUUUUAUUUUAGUCACAUCACCUCAACCAAAAUGGACAUUCAAAUUAAUAUUAGUUAACAUUCAUCUUUAUAAAGACUAAAGGCUAAAACUACAAAUAUAAGAACCAGGCUGUAAAACAGAUUUUUCCUUUAAUUCAGUAUCAAUAACCCAGCAACACUGGUCUCAUUUUCAGUUUUGUUACCUCAUCUUCUGCAUUCACACUUUUAACUCCACACAGAUAAAAGCAGUCAGAAGCUGUAUUUUUUCAUGUUUGGUAUUUACUUUCAUAACGUUACACUGAUGAGUUACAGUAAUAUAGCUAGCUACCAAUGUAAUCAGUACAGAGAAAAUAAUCAAUACAAAGUCAAUAAAAUGCCUUUAAAGCUUGCCAAACUGUAGAUGAAGACAUGUAUAUUCCUGUAAUCUUUCAAAUAAAAGUUGUAGAGAAUUGGAAAACUAAA